UCGAUAAUCAGUGAUUGAAAUUGUUUCGUGUAAAUUCGUCGAGUUUAUUGACAAUUCAAUCCAAAAUGGAUGCCGAUGCGGCAAAUAUUUGGGCACGCAAGACUUUAGCACUUGCACGCCUUGUGCAUCGUUUGGAAAGCAACAGCGAAAUGGAUGCCAGACGAAAGGUUUUUUGUCAAUUAUACAAAAAACGUGUGCGUGCUAACAAUCGAUUAGAGGGUAAAAUUUUGAGAGAUUUAAUGACUUCCACAGUCCUGUUUCCGAGUGACGAAGACAAAAUAUUUUUUCUCAAAUUUUCCCUCGAAGAAAACUACUUGCAAAUAAUAAAACAGCUCGAGAGGAUGCAAUUGAUCGGACAGAGCAGUUUCAACAUACACGAGUUUAUGUUCGAAGACGGCAAGUCCGCUCUGCAUUAUUUGGUUGAAAAAUUGGAAUCAACCGAGUCCUUCCAUACGAAAGAGGACGUCUUCGACGUCAUUGUGUAUCUCUUGGAUACGGAACGAGGGGUCGAGCUUCAAACUCCCUCGGGAACGGAGCUACGUCUCAGAAGCAUCAGAAACUACCGAGACAAUCACGGCUACACGUACUUGCACGGGGCCUGCAUGGCGGGUCUCUCAGCCUCGGUGAAUCUGCUCGUGGAAGCGCAGCCUGCGGACGUCAACAUCGACACGUACCCGUGUUCGCCGCUGCACGUCGCCGCGCAGCACGCACGGACGAAAAUCGUGGAAAUUUUGCUGGAUCACGGUGCCGAUCCAAACGGGCGGGAUCGGCUGGACGGGUCGACGCCUCUGCACGCGCUCGCUCGGCCGUGUAGGUGCGACUGCGCCUCAGGCUUGAGCUACUGCGACUACAGAGAACCGGUGGACGAGGUGGUCAAGCUGCUCGUCGAAAGAGGAGCCUACCUCGAGGCGCUCGACCGUCAUGGUGACACUCCGUUACAGGUGGCGAUCGCUCGUUUGGACGCGAGUCUCGCGAAGAAUUUGCUGAAAAGGAGCGCGAGUCUGGACAAUCUGGACCAGGAUCGAAUGUUCGGUGGGAAUUUCUCGUCGCUCGAGAUGAAGUGCUAUCCUUUUACUCUGAACAUUAUCGAGAUUGUGGAAUUGUUGCGGUCGGAAGAAUACGAAUUGGACUUGCUCACCAGAUACAGAAUGAUGAAAUGUUGGAUGAUGGUCCGAGGAAAUGAUAUGGACUACCUGAUCGGCGAAGAGACCGCGGAUGAAGAACUAAAUGUACUACUCUACUUUGAAAUUAUCAAAAAAAUAUAUUUUUUUUUGGAAUUUGGGUUUUGUAUUAAAGAAGAAGCUAUGGAUUAUUUGCUACAACGAUGCCACAAUUUAAGACCGAGAGUGCCAUCUCACCAUCAUGACUUUCGACCCGAUAUAGAACAGAUUGAUGAGUGGAUGGAAGAAGUUGAUAAAUUGAAAGGCAUCAAAAUAACCAAAGACGUCUCCCUUUAUCAACUUUGUCAAAUGAACUACAAUAAAGGUUACUCGAUAGUAAAAAGUAUCGAAUAUUGGCUUACCCCAGCGAUGGACCGUUUAGAGUGCGCUAGUGCGUUCCUCAACAUUUUUGCAAAAAGACACAUUGCAAACAUUUUGAUAAAGCCACAUUUGACUUUGAUCGCAGCCGAUCUUCUCGAAACCGAUUAUUAUAAAUUGCAUUUGCCUUACACAGUUUGCCGCAGAUUGGCGGGAGUUAUGAGUGACGACGAUUUAUUCGAUUUGUUCAAGCGUGUAAACGAAGAUGAUCUAGCACAAUUGUUGCGAAAAACCAAUGGUAGUGAAGUGCAAAACGCUCCACAGCAAGGAGCAGAUGAAGAAUCAUCUUUUGAAUAGAACAAUAAGUAAAAUUAAAGAUACUAGUGAAGAGGAGAUCCGCGUGAAACCUUUAAAAUCAUUAUGGUAGCGAAAAAUGAGGCACGAGCUGGACGUAAUGUAAGAGUUAUAAUGUAACUUACACGCGUGAUUAUUUUUACCAAAGAAAAUUGAGGACCGAUGAUUAUUAGGUUUAAUGAAAAAAUUAGUAAGUUAUUUCAAUAACUUAUUCAACGACAUUCCAAGAAAUUAUGAAGCGAGUAGCAAAUACUCGUUGUCGACUACUGCUCGACUUAGUAGCGAAUUCACUGUAAAGUAGUAUUUGUGCAAUGUUUGGUAAAGAUAAAAAUUUAAAAAGUAUGGUUCUGAUGUAUAAAGCAUCAUAAUGCAUCAUGGAAAAAUUAGUAACAGUUUUGUGUUAAAUAUGCAUAAAGAGCUUCCAAAUCUUGCUUAUUAUUAGAUUUGGAACAUGUAAAACAAAAUAAGUGAUAUCACACAUUCGUAGGAUACUAACGGAAAGAAAUACUCUACAAAAAGUAUUCUAAAAAAAAACACAUCGAUACAGUGCAUCGCUCACAAAUGUCAAUUUAAUCAAUGUAUAAAAUGUAUAUAAUUUUAUG